AUGUUAGAUGAUUCAGAUGAGGUAAGAAAACAGUGACUAAUCGUUGUGAUAAACACUUAUUUAAACUUUUUACAUUCAUAUGUAAUAUCGAACAAUAAUGAAUAGUAUAAAUAAAUUAAAUAUUCAUGAGUAAAUUACAAGUACUACGUCUUAAUACGUCUAAAUGUUUCACUGUGUACUCUGCCUGUUUCGUGUUUAUACUGAAAUGUUUGUGAACAUGCUGCAAAACUGACACUUUAGAUUGGAAUAACUGUUGCGCUUUGCCACGUGUGUAAAGAAGAAGUAGGGGUUGGUCACAGCUGCACAAAAUGUAAAAGGUCGGUGCAUUUGAUUUGUGGACAUCCGGUUGGUGAAGAAGGUUACGGCCAACAUGUUGUUUGCUUCAACUGUAAAGAUGAAGGUAUCUAGCUAAAGAAUUAAUUUUGCCAUAUCUCAAUGGACAGUGCAACUAAAAAAAUAUUGUAAAUCGUAAAGUUCACUUAGAAUAUAAACGCAUAAAAUAUUGUAUUUAUCGCAUAAAGUAUUUUGCAAAAGUUAACUCUCGUACAGCUUUAUCGAUAAAUAUUAUGAUUGCACAGGUGCAGGUGACGUAAACAAGUCUGGUUUGAAUGAAGUAAAACAAGGAAGAUCCUUGAAACGUCAGCUUACUUUAGACUGGGGAAGCUUCACAUCUCAGAAACCCCAAGGGCCAGUUGCAAAAAAGCAAAAAGUAGAUGACCAACCAAAACAGAGGGAAAACCAUGUUUGUUUACAAUGCAUGGAACGAUGUUUGCAAGGCAAACAAGAAGAAAGAUCUUCAAGCAUCUGUCGACUAGAUAAUUCUAGCAUCCAACGACACAAAGACAGAUGGCAUAAAUUACCCGACAGAGAAAAAUGCACAUUUGUGCCAGCAUCAUCCCCGUCAGUUGUCUCACUUAGGGACAAGUAUUGCAACCACAAGUAA